AUGAAUAACGAAAACAAAGAAGCCAACAAACUCGCAACAAUCAACAGCCGAAAUAGGAGGAACCGAGAAGGGAUUAAACAUAACCCAAAGGGUUCCAACGAAAUAGGCAAAGGGACAAGAAUCGUAAAUAACGGACAAAAAAGAGAGAUUACAAAAGCCAGGCGAAAUACGGGAGAAUUCGAAAGCAUUCCAUGGGAAGGGAUUGACCAGAGAUCCUCUGAACAAAGUUAA